UGCUCUACUUCUGCAAAAAAUGUAAUUGGGCCCCCCGAGGCAAGGUUUAAGUAUAGGGUACACAAAGUGUGACGUAUGCUCGAAGGCAGGUAGGCUUGUUCUAAUCAACUGUACCAGAGGAAGCACGCGACUUAAAUUCGCGGCUAGGGUGUCGAAAAAUGCAUUUAGUAGUGUAUGGGUUUGCUAGGAAGGAAUAUGCACCUGCAUAGUUGUACAACACUUUCGCUUUCAUUAAUGUGUAAAGUAGGAUUCUAUAUGGUUCAGAUUAUCUUACAGUGACAUCUUUAUUUCUGGAUUUCGAUAGUGUUCAUGAACGUUGAUCUUCUGUUGCAUAAGCUAAAUGGAGAAAGUUAGCGACACGAACGAUCGAAAUGGAGACGUUAAAAGGACUGAGGGAUGUUUUGAAAGGACAUUUUCAAUUCUUACUGUGGAUGAUGUAUACGAAAUAGCCAAAUCAAUUGGUUCCGAAGUGGAAAAACUUAUUGACGGCUACGGCAAAGAGAGUGCCACAGGACUGGUGCCCAAAAUAGUUAAAGUGCUAGAGCUUUUGGAGAGCUUUGCAUCGAGGAACCACGCACAUAAAUCGAAGGAAGAGGAAUUGUUGAAAGCAUUCGAAACGCUACAAGUACAGCAGCAGAAGAAGCCGAGAGUUGUGAAAGAAUGCGAAGAAAGCAGCAACAAUAACGACAUACAACGGCAGGAGCUGCAACAAGAGAAAGAGGAGGAGAAGCAAAGAAGGAGAUGUGAGGAACUGCAGGCCCAAGUGCUGCAGCUACAGACGGAGAACCAGGAGCUACACAGCCGUCUGAGAGGCAGCCAUGCUCAAGAAGACCGCAUCCAACGGCAGGAGCGAGAGGUGAUGCUGAAACUGAAGGAGGUGGUUGACAAGCAGAGAGAUGAACUGCGGGCCAAAGUACAGGAAAUUACCACCCUGUCUAAAGAGGUGGAGGCGCUGCAGGAGCAGUUGGAGCGCUUCAUGAAGAUGAACGGUGAGCUGAGACACAAGCAGAGCAUUGUCACAGCGCAGGUGAAGAGUGCCGUGGAGAGGAAGGCAGAGAUGGAGGCAGACCUCCGAGAGAAACAGAAGGAGAUAGAACACCUCAGCACUCAACUGGAGAAGGCCCACAGUGCUGCUGGCACGGCCAGUCCGUGUCAGGUGGACCUGACAGACAAGCUGGUGAUAGACCUGAAGGACCCCAACAGACCCUGUUUCACGAAGCAGGAGGUCAGAGAAAUGCUGUCGGAGAGGAACGAACUCAAAGCCAACCUGUUCUUGGUGCAAGAGGAACUCUCGUACUACCAACGGGAAAUCCUGAAUGAUGAGCGCUGUCCUGGUUUCUUGCUGGAGGCUGUACGUUCUGCAAUAAAGAAACAGAAAACUGUCAUCAAGGCCAAGAUGCUGGGCAGGCCUGAGGACGAAUGCAGCAGUGAUGAGGAGCGAGGCCCCCUGUUUGAGAGGAGAGCGGUGCCAGAGACCGAGACUGACAGCAAACCACAGGAGUCCCGCAUCAGGAACCUCUUUGGCUUCCUGACCCGCUCUGCCAGCAGCCACAGCAGCCGUGGGGCCAGUGAAAACCACACUGCCUCUUCCUGGGAAAUCAUUGAUGACGUAGAGGCCCAUUCGAAGCCAGACCCCUGACCAGUUUCCAGACAACCCUCAACACCUGCUGUCCGCCUGUUCUCACGUGUGUCCUUCCGCGGUGUGGAGUUUUAAUAAGGUUUCAGUUUUGAAAGCAGCCUUAAGAAAGGAAGAGCACCAACUCAUGCCUUCUCACCCUCUUUUUGUACCUAGUAAACCCUCUUCCUUUCUUUCUCUGUUUCCCCUCAUUCUGGCUCUUUUGGUCUCUUCUUUCUUUCUCUGUCUCUCCUAUCUUGCUCUCUCCUAGGCAGGACAGUAACUAGGAAGGACAGUAUUAAAUGGGUUUUUAAUGGAUUUUAAAAGACAUAUUUUUGUAAUAUAGCAACACCAUAUAGAUGUAUAUGGUUUGUAACCAUCUCCUACCAAUUGACAUUUCUAUAGAGAUAUUUUAACAAAUUUCUUUUUUUUUUUUUUUUACCAAAGAUACCAAAAUGCAUUUUGAUCACUGCCAUCAGUAUUUAUUGCAGUAAUAUAUUUUAUUACCACAAGAGGGCAGCCAUACAAAUGAACAAUAAUGGUGGACUUUCAACACCAUGUAUUACACUAUAUUACUAUAUGACUUCAUUGUGGGUGGUUUUGGCAUGCCUUGUGGCUGCUGUAAUUCCUUCAGUCUUGUCACAGCUAUGGUCAUGGGUGAGCUCUAGACAGUGUGUAACUCCCUGUGUGAGUUAGUCCUGAUCCAGAAUGUAUUGACACCGUUCGUUCAUUAGACUUCAUUGUCUAUUUUCUUUAUUUUCUUGUUCACUAUCUUAUAGUACCUCUCAGUAUUCACCCACCCUGGAGUUGUCCACAUUCUAUUGUGUUGCAGUAUGAUUUUUUUUGAUCAGUGGCAAAUACUCUAAUAAAUAAAACCAAUUUUGAUUUGAUUUCAUCUUUAAAAACUCCAAGGGGGUGAAUAAUUUUGCGAGGCAUUGUACAUAUUUGAUUGGAUCCUAUUAGGAAUUUAAUCCAUGAGACCUUGAUAUGGGGAUUGGUGUUGGUUGUUAUAAACCAGGAGCUUUGAAUCCUUAAUGUUGAUUGGCUAGGAGCUGUGCUAUAUGAGACAUAUACCAUGGGUAAGACAUUACAAUACUUUUUACUGCUUUAAUUGCAUUAGUUAUUUAUAAGACCAGUAAGGCAUCGGUGGGUUUUUUGGUGCCUCAUUGCUUAUACAGUGUCUGUGCCAAUUGUGUGAGUGUGUGAGUGUGUGAGUGUGUGAGUGUGUGAGUGUGUGAGUGUGUGAGUGUGUGAGUGUGUGAGUGUGUGAGUGUGUGUGUGUGAGAGCUGGGGCACCAUCCCUGUACUUGGUUGCUGCACUUAAGUAAAUUUCCUCCUUAUUCUUGGGAGGAAAUGGUGUGUUCCCUGACUCUUACCAUCCUAACAUAUUUUAAAACACUUAACAAUGGCUGCCCCUUAACACAUGUUAUCGGUACUCAGACCCUGACGUAGUUGUCUGACCUUUUAUAUCAACGCUGCUGGUGAUCUUUUUGAAUCAAGACCUACAACAAUGUGUGAAUCUGUACUUAUUUUGUUGGAGAAGCCUUUGUGCUAUGGAAAACCAAAUAAAUGUCUGAAGUGAAAACCCAAAACGUGUAUUGU